ACCUGGUACCUCUUUUGUGAAGCGGCAGCUGAGGAGGCUCCGGUGCUCGCCAUGGCUGACGAAAAGCCCAAGGAAGGAGUCAAGACUGAGAACAACGAUCGUAUUAAUUUGAAGGUGGCGGGGCAGGAUGGUUCCGUGGUGCAGUUGAAGAUUAAGAGGCAUACACCACUUAGUAAACUAAUGAAAGCCUACUGUGAACGACAGGGUUUGUCAAGGAGGCAGAUCAGAUUCCGAUUUGACGGGCAGCCAAUCAAUGAAACAGACACACCUGCACAGUUGGAAAUGGAGGCUGAAGAUACAAUUGGUGUGUUCCAGCAGCAGACAGGAGGUGUCUACUAAAAAGGGAACCUGCUACUUUACUCCAGAGUUCUGUUCCUCCAGAUCAAGAAGACAUUCUCAAU